AUGGACAAGGGUAUUGGGCGGAAUGCUGAGGCAGCACACAAACGCAAGCGGCCACCAAAUGACGCGAAUCACCCAGCUGCACCCACGCCAAAGCGAUCAAGGAAUGGAACAACCUGGAGUGGAAUGUCAACAAGGACUCUCCCGGACGAGGAGGACUGGCGUGCCUUUCUAAACGUACCGACGGAGGAGGAACGCCGAUCUUGCCACAUCGCAUUCCAUGCCGCUACAAGUCAGGCUGCAUUGAAGACGUGGCGAGAUCACGUUGACCCACUCUGUGGGAUGACACUGCUUCCGCUGGACGACGUACCCAACCUCCAUCGGCUUGAGCCGCGCAUCCCGCACGAGCAGCACACUCUGUACAGGGGCGCUCUUCUGGAACCUACGGGGUUGCGGCCGAAGCUAUGGUCACCAUCGGAUCCGGACAUGCUGCAGAGAGGGAUGAGAGGGAACGUCAGCUCCUAUGAGUUGGACCAGGAAGGCAUUGUCGCUAUGGUUGCCGGCGACAUGCUUCCCCGACCAGUCAGCCAUCUACCAUCGGUGCUGAGCGUCACAUAUGUUGGACCUGGCAAGCUACCUCCGAACUGGAUUUAUCGCACGUUCCGUGUCCGUCGUGAACUAGGCACCAAUCCGAACUACUUUGGAGAUAUCACCCUUUGCGAAGACAGACUAGCGUUGCUACCCGAAGAUGACGUACCGGACGAGAUUAUGGCCUGCGUACUCCAGAACAUGGACGUCGGGGCAUUGGACGAGGAGCACGGUGGAUAUGUUCCAAGCGCGGACCACAAUGGGGUUGAUAGCGAGGCUGCUUCUGCACACAAACAUGUGGGGGCCGGUGGAUGCACCAGUGUGGGAGAAGACGAGCGAAGGCACCAAGAACCCGAGGUGAUCCCCUUCGACAUUUCAGGCGCACUGGACGUGGAGAUGAUGCAUGUGAAGCCGUCGGAGACGAUGAUGUCCGCCCUUAGCAAUCUCUGGCGACUAGGCAAGGAGGGGGGCUACAUUGUGAGACAUGGCGGCCAGCCGGUCAACGAGUUUGGAAGCGCGGGGAACACCGAGGGAGACGAACCACUCGCCAAUCUCUGGGAGAGGGCAUACCCCUUCUUGUUUCCGCAUGGGAUCGGAGGCCUGGAGAAGAAGCGGCCCGUCCCCGUCACAUUGCGUGAGCAUGUGCGGUGGUGUUUGCGGUACCACGACCGGAGAUUCGCGCGUCAAGAGACAUUCAGCUUCGCAAUAUUCGGGAUCCUUCAAAAGAGGGAAGCAUUGGGGUCAGCAAGGCUGCAGAUGCGCCGCAAACAAUUCGAACGCGACGCACGCACCAUCAUGUCUAUCACCUCGGAGCAGUUACAGCAGGCCGUUUCAGAGGAGGGACGGGGGGAACGCUUCUCAGAUCCUGCAGUGCGCUUGUUACGCUCGUAUGUUCACGCAACAUCAGGACGGGUGACGGGAACAGACGCGGCACGUAUCAGGCUGCGAAGCCAGAUAUGGUCAACAUCUUUGGUGAUGGGACCUCCAAGCCUGUGGAUCACCAUUAACCCCAGCGAUCUCCACGAUCCAAUUGCGCAACUCUUCGCCGGCGACUCCAGUAUCGACAUGGACGCCUUUGUCUCCACUAUGGGACCUGACAAAGAUGCAAGGGCGGUCAACGUCGCUAGGGACCCGUACGCAUCAGCCAAGUUCUUUCACUACAUCAUUCGCGUCAUUCUUCGCGACCUCUUUGGGACGACGAGCAAUAUGGGCAUACUAGGCAACGGAAGAGGGACUCUGCACCUUCACAUGCUCCAUCUUCGCUCGCUAGACUUCCGUCAGCACGUUGUGAAGUACAUCCAGCAAUGCAUCCGGGCGUACCUUCCAGGCUUGGAGGAUGCCGAGUCGGUGAAGGCCAUACCCCGAGAGCCAGAGAUUUCGUAUUCGCGGCCACCUGAUCCACAGAGCGAGCAAUGGCUGGAAGCCUGCGAAGUGUUCGAGCUGAAGGUGGCCCGUAUGGAGCAAGUGCACACCUGCCGGCUGAGGCGGUGUUUGCAGGUCAACAGGGAAGGAGUCCUGCGGUGCAAGCGACGAGCACCGUUUGAGAGGGCCGAGGAGGACUACGUUCAGGAAUCAGGGAAAUGGGCGAUGAAGAGGCUUUUCCAGUACAUGAACGGCUGGAACCCGGACAUCACGGUGCUCAUGCGCUGCAAUAAUGACAUCAAAAUGCUGACAAAUGGGGCGGAGACGAGGAACAUCACUUACUACUGCACGACAUACGCCGGGAAGAAGCAGCAAAAGACGCAUUCGAUGUCAGCUGUCAUGGCCCGAGCGCACGCAUUUCACUCGGGCACGGACGACUAUACAGACAGUAUCCAGGAGCGGAACAGACUCUUGCUCUUUCGACUGGUUCACAGCGUCAACAGCGAACAAGAACUGUCAGCACCGAUGGUCAUGUCGUACCUCAUGGGAUGGGGCGACGUAUACGCGUCCCACAAGUAUACGACGAUCUUCUGGGGCUCCUUUGCGGGACUCAUACGACGAGAAUUUCCUGAGUUCCACUGGUAA